AUCUCUCAACUGUUUAAAAAUAUGUCAACUUACACUUGAUAAUAUUAUAUUAAAAUGGAAUUCAGUUCAACACCAGUUAAACGGAUCAGAUUCCGAGGAGAUUCUUUUCAAGCUGAAAAUGAAUUUCUACUUGAUAAUGAUAACACUGAAGACUUUCACACUUUCAAAAAUGGAGAAAUUCCAAAGGAAAAUGAACAAGCAAAUUUCGGACUGCUAGAUUUUUUGAGAGUGGAGCUCAAUCGAGGCUACUGUUUAAAUCAUGACGAGGAACGAUAUACUGCAAGACGGGAGAAAAUAUAUUCAUUUAUGAAAAUACCUCGAGAGUUAGAAAAGUUUCUUGCAUACGGCUGCAUGCAAUGUGCUGAUUCGUUCCUUUACAUCUUCACUUUCCUUCCUGUUCGAUAUAUAAUGGCAUUGUGGGCUUUACUCACAAGACCUGUGAUUAGAUGUCUGAGAAACAGAAGAGACUAUCAGAGGCUUUUAUCUCCAGCUGAGACUUGUGAUUUACUGAAAGGGACCUUGUGGUUCGUUGUAAGCUUUGCUCUUCUGUAUGCUGAUACAAACAUGUUAUAUCAUCUUAUCAAAAGUCAGUCGAUAAUCAAACUUUACAUGUUCUACAAUAUGCUUGAGAUUGGAGAUCGAUUGCUUUCAGCAUUUGGACAAGACAUCAUUGAUGCACUUUUUUGGACAGCAACCGAACCUAAAACUCCUCACAAACGACAUUUGAGUGUGUUUGCUCAUUUUCUUUUCGCCAUCAUUUAUGUUCUAUUGCACAGCAUUUUAGUCAUGUUCCAAGCGACUGCUUUAAAUGUUGCUAUAAACUCCAGCAACAAAGGACUUCUCACCAUCAUGAUGAGCAAUAACUUUGUUGAACUGAAAGGAAGCGUUUUCAAGAAGUUUGACAAGAACAAUUUAUUUCAACUGACUUGUUCGGAUGUCCGUGAAAGGUUCCAUCUAUCAAUUCUCCUUGUCAUAGUGAUGAUUCAAACAAUGCGUGAAUAUAAUUGGAAGAGCGAACAAUUUUUUGUCAUGCUUCCAGAUUGUUUCUGGGUGAUGUUCACUGAAUUUAUUGUUGAUUGGAUUAAGCAUGCGUUUAUAACAAGAUUCAAUGAAAUUCCUAUCGACGUUUACAAAGAGUACACAAUAAGUUUGGCUUAUGAUGUGACUCAGACAAGACAAAAACAUGCGUUUUCGGAUCACUCGGACCUUGUUGCAAGACGAAUGGGUUUCAUUCCUUUUCCACUUGGAGUCGUGUUAGUUAAAGCUUUAUAUCAUUCACUUUCUUUUACAAAUUUCGGCUCUGCUGUGCUGUUUCUUGCUGCUUACUCUUGCUUAUUUUCAUGUCGUGUACUCAACACAAUUUGUACACUUGGGAAAGCUUGUGAUAUUAUGCAAAAGCACGAAGAUGAUAAAAUUGCUGAAAAGUUUUCAAAUCAAACUCCAGCUUGUUCAAUCAUCAAAUCUAAAAAUGUUUCAAAUGGCAAAGUUGAUUCCUCAACAUCACCUUUGCAUAGAACAUCUUUAAUUAAUUCACCAGAUCAAUCUCCUGUAAUAUCAUCAACAACUCCAAGUCCAAUCCGAAUUAUAAAUGUUCAGUCACCGUCAUCGCCGUCUCCUGACGACAAACGUCUUAAGCUUGACUCGUCACUUGGUGCAACUGCGUUGUUCUCUAACUCAGACGUAGAUCUUGAAGACAUGGGAAUACUUAAUUCAAAAGUUAUUGAACAAACUGUAGAAGAUAAGAUUCAAUCAAUAGACGAUUCAUUAAGAGCAGGAAGUGAACCUGACUUGGCGAAUAUUCCAGUAGAAUCUUCAUUAGAGGAAGAUGAAUUGCAGCCCACACUCAAUAGAAGACGCUCUCAUAAACGUUCUGAAAAAAAAGAUCAAGAUGAGGUUUGUUUACUAAAAGAUGAAACUGACGACCUUUUAAGUGGAAAAGAAUUAAAAAGCAAUCUCGACAGUGAAAUUGCAGAAGCAUCAGCAAAUAUUGUGACAGAUAAAAUGUCAAACAGUAAAGAAUUAAGCAAAGAAAAAGCUGAUCUUAAUGAAAAAGUCAACGAUGGCAGCAUGUUUUCAAUUAUCUACUCGACUGUCAAGAAAGUCGCAAUCGUUGGCGUGGUUUACUUUGUUGGGUAUAUGAAUUGGAGCUUUGCGUGGCUGUUAUGUCCUUUAGUGUUCAGUGUAGUACGAGAACAAUAUCGUUCACAACAUGAAAUAAGAAGAGCUGUAGCGAAAGCGAGUGCAACUUCAAGUGACAAGGAAGUCAUCCUUGCUCGAUUGAAUGAUUUGCCAGCUUGGGUUUUCUUCCCCGAUAUUGAACGUUGCGAAUGGUUGAACAGAAUCCUUAAACAAGUUUGGCCAAAUGCAAAUCAUUACACAAGAUCUCUCAUCAAAGAUAAAAUCGAACCAAAUGUACAAAAAGCUCUCGCUGGUUACAAGCUUAAUGGCUUCAAAUUCGAUCGAAUUAUUCUUGGAACGAUUCCACCACGCAUUGGAGGUGUGAAAGUUUACGAUAAAAAUAUAUCGCGAAAUGAAGUCAUCAUGGAUCUUGAUUUAUUCUAUGCUGGUGAUUGUGACAUAAACUUUGUCCUUGGAGGAAUGAGAGGAGGAAUUAAAGAUUUUCAAGUCCACGGCACCUUGAGAAUCGUCAUGAAGCCAUUAAUCUCACAAAUACCGCUGUUUGGAGGAAUGCAAAUCUUUUUCUUAAAUAACCCUAAUAUUGAUUUCAACUUGGUUGGUGUUGUUGAUUUAUUGGACAUGCCUGGACUAAGCGAUCUCUUACGUAAAAUCAUCGUCGAUCAAAUUGCAGCCUUCAUGGUUCUUCCUAAUAAGUUACCAAUCAUUUUAAGUGAAGAAAUCGAAGCUCUUUCAUUGAAAAUGCCUGAGCCUGAAGGUGUGCUUCGUGUUCAUGUUGUUGAAGCUAAAAACUUGAUGAAAAUGGACAUUGGCAUGUUGGGAAAAGGAAAGUCCGAUCCUUAUGCAAUUGUCACUGUUGGUGCCCAACAAUUUCGUACACAGAUUAUUGACAACAAUGUCAAUCCUAAAUGGGACUAUUGGUGUGAGGCAAAAAUUCACGCUGAAUCUGGCCAGACAUUACAAUGCAAUUUAUACGACAAAGAUGAUGCAAAGGAUGACGAAAUGCUUGGAAUGUACGCUGAGAUUAAUGAGACUCUUGUACAAGAACUGUUAAUUACAUUAUGGGACUACGAUGGAUUUUUCCCAGGAGUACAAGGGGAUGAUUUCUUGGGCCGGGCGACUGUGGAAAUUUCAACCGUCGUUCGAAAAAGCGAAGUUGAUACCUGGCUGACACUUGAACAAGCCAAGCAUGGAAUGGUUCACUUGCGAUUGACGUGGAUGCAGUUGAGCACUGAUAAAAGUGAUUUGAAAGCUGCUUUGGCAGAAACACAAAUGCUUCGGGUUACUGACAUGAGUACGGCAUUGUUAACAGUUUUCAUAGAUUCUGCAAAGAACUUACCGCAUGCUCGACAGCAAAGUAAUCCAGACCCAUACAUUGUCCUUUCUGUUGGCAAAAAAACAGAACAAACUGCUGUUCAGAUGAGAACCGAUGCACCAGUCUGGGAACAAGGCUACACUUUCCUGGUUGCAAAUCCUGAAAACGAUACAUUGCAAAUGAAAGUUGUCGAUAACAAAACACAAAACGAAAUCGGAAAAUUAUCUUACAUCAUUGCUACGUUGUUGGAUAAAAAAAAUAUGGAAAUAAUAAAUCAACCUUUCCAAAUUCAGAAGAGUGGACCUGAAUCAAAAUUAAUUAUGACGUUACAACUAAGAAUCUUAAAAAGAUCUGAACCAAUUCCUGAUGACGAAGAUGAAGAGAUGAUUGGUGAUGUUGUUGCAAAAGAAGAUCCGUCGAAAUCUCCACUUAAGAAACAAGAUUCAAGAGUCUCUCGAAGCACAGUGAAUGAUGCAGUCAUUGAAGAACCAAUAGAAAGUUCUUCUGUUUCAGCAAAUCUUUCUGCUGCCCCACCGUCACCAACUGCUUCAAAAACAUCUGAUUUGUCAACCUCAUCCUUUGAACGCAAUCCAUCAAUCAAAUCAUUCGAUGGCGAAGCUGGUUCUCUUGGUGCCAUCAAUUUAACUGUUCAAUAUUCCGUUCAACGUCAGCGAUUGAUAGUCAUAGUUCAUAAGAUCAGAAAUAUCCCAUUAAAGGAUCCUAACAACAUCCCUGAUCCUUAUGUGAAGUUGUAUUUAUUGCCUGGUCGCUCAAAGGAUUCGAAGAGGAAGACGAACGUGAUCAAAGAUAAUUGCAACCCUGUUUUCGAUCAAACUUUUGAAUACUUAAUUUCUACAGCUGAAUUGUAUUCAAGCUCAUUGGAAGUAACUGUUGCGACCCAAAAAGUUAUUGGCUCUCCAAUAUUAGGCAUGCUUAAAAUUGAGUUGAAAGAUCCUGAAAUUCAGGGAGUUGGCAAGAAUUUCUGGUGGAAUUUACUUCCAGAAUUUAAAUCUACUGAAUUUUUUCUUAAGUUUGAAGCAUCAUCGCCACUUUUUGAGUUAUCACCGCCAUCAUCCGGCGCUUUAUCACCGCCCACACCUUUAGCUAGUAAUUCAAAUUCAAUUUCUGAUAAAAUGGAUUCGUCAAUAAACAACCCUUUGUUAACAACUGCAUCAAUGCCAAUUCCAACCCGUAAUGUCACAUCAAAUUGCAAUAUGAGCAAUAAUAACAAUCGUACAACGAAUGAUUUUUCUGAUGUUAUUUUUGAGUUUGAAAAUUCAAAAUCGCCGCUUAGUACAAUAAGCGAAAAUCCGAAACAAAACAACCAAACUCCGAUGGUCAUUAAUUACACAGACGGCAGCACAUUUGGAUUCCAGCAGAAUUCAUUCUCCGGGGGUAGUGGAAGCAAUUUAAUGUGGGACGGAGUAAGUCCCAUGAUGAACACAGCAUCUGAUACCAACACAAUGGGAGGGUUAAGCGACAAGUCUGGACCGUUCCAUAUGGACGAAGAUGACAUUUUUCAAGUUGAUAAAUCUGAUCUGAUUCAAGGUCCGACAUUAGCUGAACUGAAUGGUGAUAAUUUAUAUGUUGAUUUGUUGAAUAUUGACGACAUUCUUGCUGUUGAUUCAAAUCAGUACUUGCAACAAUCGAACAUGCAAAAUUUGACACAACUCACAGCUGUUAAUUUCCAAAGCCUUCAAAAUGCCAUUAAUGAGUCGUCACAAGCAGAGCAGCUUUCUCCAAAUCAAUAUCAGAAUAUUACGAUACCACAAACACCCCACAACACCCCGAUACCGUCUUUUCAAACAAAUGGUGGACAAUUGAUCUUCUACGACGAUCCAUCCAGCAACAAUUCUUCAUUUAAUGUUUAUUCGCCACCUAACACGCUUUCAAUUUCAAAUCAUUUGCGUAACGCUCCAACUAGCACAACUACAACAAUGACAGCAUUUUCACCAGGAAGUCAAAGUCAUAGUUCCACUUCAACAUCAUCAAUUGCAUUAAAUUCAUCGCUUAGUCCACCUCAUUCACAGAAAUCAUUCACGACAUCACGUGUCAGACAAUCGAGAAGUGGACGCUCAUCCGGACUUGUCCAACAUAAUCCCAAAUAUUCAACACUUCAUUCACUUCUCAUGAAGAAAGAUCCAACAAGUGCUGAGAAGUCAAUGAUGGGAAAGAUUCAACACGCUGUUGCUUCAUCUCCAAGUCAACUUGUUACUCAUACAUCGGCAGUGUCACCAUCGGGACUGCCAACAAGACGCUUGAACAUGCAAGGUGGUGGAUUUGUGUCGAGACUUUCUUCAUCUGCUCCCACACAUUUGGGACUCGAACAAAUUUGGCAACGACGUGAGCCACGACCUCAUUUGUUAUCGACUGGAAGUUUGGCUGAAGGUCAUGGAUCAACAUCGUCACUUAGUGGAGAAAUUUUAAGUCCUGAAAACAUUGAUUUCUCUCAGGAUGAAGCUUACUCGGAUGACGACGACAGCGAUCAUUAUGAAGACUUCAGUUCAGACUCUGACGGAGAUGACAACAAAGACCAGCUUAGAAGUAUGUCAUCGAAUGACAGUAACAACAACCAAAAAUCAUCGAAUUUCUCUAGCAGCAAGAAGAAUGCUCGUUUCUUUUGGCAAUAUAAUGUUCAAGCGAAAGGUCCAAAAGGUCAACGAUUAGUCAUCAAAACGCAAGCUGAAGAUCCACAUCAUUUGAAUGAAGUCACAGAUCCUGUGUUCAGUCCUAAUUGUUCUGUGCGUGGAAUAAAAUCCAUUCAAAUAAAGCAUAGCGGAAAGGCCCGCAAAGGAGAUGGAAACGAUCUCACUCCCAAUCCUAAAAAGUUAAAUGCUAUUGGAAAGGAACUUGAUAAGUUGGGACGGGUUAUUAAUGACAUGACACCAGUGAGCGAAUUACCUUUCAAUGUUCGUCCUAAAACACGCAAGGAGAAGAAUAAGUUGGCGUCAAGAGCUUGUCGUUUGAAGAAGAAAGCUCAACACGAAGCUAAUAAAAUUAAGUUAUUUGGAUUGGAGAAGGAACAUAAAUCCCUCUUGAAUGGAAUUCAUCAAAUGAAACAAUUACUAGCAUUGAAAUGUAGCAGCAGUCAUGACACUCAAGAAGAAAUCAAUCAGAGAAUGGAGCAAGUUGUUGUGGAAUCGACAACAGUGAAGAUAGCUGAGAAUUCGACUGAAUAUGUCAAUCGAGUGCUGGAUCGAAUGAAAGCUGGUAAUCCAACAGGUGGUUUGGAGGAAUAUUAGAAUAACAAAAAGUCAAAAAUGAAAACCAAAAAAAAAUUAUUAUUCAUCAGAAAAGAAUUGAUGAUAUCAAGACAUGAUAUGUGAGUGUGUUCAAUUGAUAAAAUUUCAUAAAAAUUUGCUUGAUUUUUAAUUCUUUGAUAAAACCUAAAAGUGUGCUAAGAUUUUUGUGAAAUUUAAGAUAUUUCGGAUGAGAAAGAAAAAAGAAAAGUUUUUGAUACAAAAGUUAAAGAAUUUUACGCCGUUGUUUUUUUAUUUGAUAUUUUAAGAGGUCGUAACCAUUAUUUUUAUGAUGAUGAUGAUAUGGAAAUGUUUCGUGGAGAAACGAAAGAGGAAAGUUUUUUAUUUUGUUAAGAAAUUUCAAAUUUAUGUACAUAUAUAAUCAUAACGAGACUUUUAUAUAAUCGUAGUAAGGUAAAGUUCAAGAAAUAAGUAAUAUUCAGAGCACUAACGAAAGUAAAACAAUAGUAACAGUUACCUGAGAGUUGCAACGUAAGUUGAUGAAAAUAUUUUAUGAUGAAACAUUUACAAUUUAUGUAUGUAGAAGGAACAUCAAUUAUCUACAUAAAAUUAUGAUGAAUGUAGCCAUUAUCCAGUGAACUUUUGAUUUUAAGAGUAAUAACAACAUGUAAAAUAAUCACGAGUAUGACUUACGCAUAAGAAAGAUCGAAAUUUGUGUAAGUUUGUAAGUGAUUAAUUUACUUUGAUAUUAUUACAUUUCAAUUUAUAAGUUUAAUGAAUUCUUUGCAUAAUAUUAAUAUUCUUGAAAUAAUAAUUUAACCAUGGCUCAAAAUAACAUAAAUUAUAAAAGAUUUGUUGUUUGUAUUGAAUGCAUGGAGAGGACAAUGAUGGGCCAUAAAAAGAAGCAUUUUUAUUGAGAUUACGACUCAUUCAUUUGUAAUUACAAUGUAAUGAUUAUUAACAAUGAAGAUAAAGGAAGAAGGAAAAAAAGAGAAAAAUUAUUAAUUUCACCCAAUCUAAUGUCGUUUUGAUUCUACUAAUAGAAGCAAGAUACCUAUUAAUGUACGAACACAUUACUCGUAUUCGGUACAAAUAAAAGAGAAAUAAAAAUAAAAAUCGUGGCUAAUUAAGUGUUAAAGUUGUGAAAUUGUCACAAGUUAAAACAUCAGAAUUUAGACUUUAUAAACUUAUAUAGAUAUUUAUUCUGAAGAAAAAUGUUAAAUAUUUCAAGAAAUGUCAUCAAUUACUUUAUUUAUCUACUAAACGAGCUCAAGCUCAUUAUUUUUCGCUAGUAGUUGUAAACUUCAUACCUAAAUGCGAGAAAGUGACACGAAAACGAAUUCUUACUUUCUUUAUUUUGUAGCUGUGAUUUGUUUUUUGCAUAAAAUUUUUAUUUUUCUUUUCUUCGUAUCCUUUGAGCGCCUCUCCACUUACAAAAUUAUAUUAAUUUUCCAAAAAAAAAAGAAAAAAAUUAAUCUUUAAGGUGAUUGAUGUGAUUGAACUAAAAAGUUAUUGUUUUUAUGUUUGAAAUGGGCAAAGAGAAAUAAAAGAGUUAUGUGCAUAAAUAUUCACAUAAAAUAUAUUUUUAUAAGCAUCCUUAUGUGUAAACACAAUAUUUUAUGAUUUGCUACGCUUUAAAAACUGACCAUUACUGGUCCAUUUUCCUCUCAAAACUUUUAAAACAGAAAAGCUUAAUUUAUAGAGUGCCAUAACGAAGAAGAACAUUGAAAAGAACACGAUAUGGUUUAUUUAAUUAAGGAUGGUACAAAAUGAUGUUCAGAAGUGAUAGGAAUAUUCUUCAUUUUAAAAAGAAAUAUCUAUUACAUUUAUCCAUAAAUUUAAGUCUCUGUUAAAUUCUAGAGACUUUAAAACUAACUAUUUACCUCGAACGGACCAGAGAAUGAUCUAUAGAUUUAAAAAUACUUACUUACAUGAAAAAGGAUUCAACAAUGUGGAAAUGAGAAGGAAAUAUGUAUUUACAUGAUAAAAAGCAUACAACACAUAAUGUUCUGUAUAUAAAUAUUUUUAACAAAACUAAAAUAUUUCAUUUUAAAGCUUGUAAACAAAAAUAACGGUUUAUGUAGUUUUCUAUGUAAUAUUAGAGUAUUGGAAAUGUUAAAAAAGUCGAAUGAAUGAAGAUGAAAUAAAAAAUUCAAUUAUUUUUAUAUUUUUUGCGCAGAAGAAAGGAAAGU